UACUCGUAACGGCAAUUGGCCAAGGGAGUGAUUUGAUCAAUUGAAAGGGAGGGAUGCCUUUUUCCAGUCAGUCGAGUGGUCAUCGUUAUGCGGUAAAAAUAGCCAAUAUCAGAACACUUCUGAGCAGAGCACGCCCCAAACCAUAUAGAUAUCAAAUUAAUUUCGUCACACAAUCUAAUCGGGCUGCUGGCCAGACCUAAUAUGAUCUUGAGUAGGUGCCAUUAUCGUUAGUUAAUCAAUACCCAGUGCCUCGAAUUUCCCUAUCGAGACAAUUAACCAACUUUUAUAGGCCCUUAACGAUUGGAUGUUUUCGGAUCCCGAAUGGAAAAGUCACGGUUACCUGGACUAUUUCCAGAACAUGGCGAACAUCGAGCGAGGAAUCUUGCCCAGAAGUCAACAAUAGUCCUCCGAUAUUCGAGGGUGUUGCAUCAGUGAUUUAUAAACAAUUUUGUAUCUGUCCAUUGCAGCGCUAUCACUCCUGUCCACCUGUCCGGUAGCGCAAUCUUAUCUGUCGCAUUCAAUGGUUUAUUGAGCUCCACGGACAAGACAGUAGCAUCGGAGUAACUCAUCCCCACAGAGGCUGACAGGCAGACAAACAGAAAGACAGGCCUGAGAUGACGGAAGUGCGACGUCGGGGCUCGGCUCCCCCACCGGGACACUACCUGUGCGGAAUGGCCAACUGGCACCCGGCCUGGCUGCAGAAGUACGCCACCACGAAGAUGUUCAUGGGUGUCUACGGACUGCUAGGCACCAUCCAAGCUAUGUCUUACAUGUAUUUUAUUGUUACACUGACCACGCUGGAGAAACGCUUCAAGAUACCGAGCCAGACUACAGGAAUCAUACUCAGUGGCAAUGAGAUCUCACAGAUAAUGUUGUCCCUCAUCUUAUUGUACAUUGGCGGACAGCGUAAUCGUCCGCGCUGGAUUGCCUGGGGCAUUGUCUUCUGCGGCCUGUCCUGCUACAUUCUCGUCCUGCCACAUUUCAUCUAUGGCGCUGGCCAGGAUGUCCUGCAGUUCACCAAGGAGUACCAGGAUAGCCUAAUUAAUAGCACAUCGGAUUCUGGUAUUCCCCUCCCAAAUGUCACAUCAACGCAGAGCGAGCAACUGUGUGGCGUUGGAAAAAAGGAGGAGGGCUGCGAUGACCUCUUCACUUAUGUGCCCCUGGUCUUGAUCUUCCUCUCGCAGUUCGUCCUGGGCGUGGGCAAUACCCUGUACUACUCCCUUGGCCAGACCUAUCUGGAUGAUAACACCAAGAAGACAAACACCCCGCUGAUGCUCGCGGUAGCCAUGUCUCUGAGAAUGAUUGGUCCAGUCGUUGGCUUCUUCUUUGGUUAUAUCUCCCUAAACACCUUCAUUGACCCCACGAAGACCCCGCUGAUUGACAGCAAGGAUCCGCGCUGGUUGGGAGCUUGGUGGCUCGGCUGGGUCAUAUUGGGCACUUUGAUGUGUCUCUUCUCGGGUUUGAUCGGACUCUUUCCCAAGCAGCUGCCGAAGGUUAACGAUCCCAUCAAGCACAACUCCCACCUGCCGCUGGCCAUGCGCCACGAGGAGCUCAAGCGCGAGGAGAAUCUCUCGCUGAGCAGUCGCUUCUCCUCGAAUGCCGCCUUGGACAACAUUGGAGCCGGGGCCGGUGCGAAUGCUGAUCUGCCCAAGCUGAAAGACUUUCCCCGUGCCCUGAUGCGACUGUUGCGCAACAAGCUCCUGAUCUUCAACAUCACCUCGGCUGUCUUCUAUAUCCUCGGUGCCUCCGGCUUCAUGACUUUCCUCACCAAAUACAUGGAAGUGCAGUUCCACAAGAACUCACAGAGUGCCACCAUUGUGGUGGGUCCUGUGUCCAUUCUGGGCAUGGUCGUUGGCCUAAUUGGCUCUGGCCUUGUUCUGUCAAAGAAGAAGCCUGCAGUCAGCAAGGUGCUCAUGUGGAACGUGAUCGUGGGAUGUGUCUACAUCAUGGGACAGAUAUCCUAUGCCUUCCUCUACUGCCCAGACACCUUUUCCAUGACUCAUGUGGGCGGGCUCAACCUGACCAGUGCCUGCAACUCCAACUGCUCCUGCAGUGGUAUAAGCUACACCCCAGUCUGCCACGAGCCCACGGAUACCACAUACUUCUCGGCCUGCCAUGCGGGCUGUCAGGGCUACAACGCCGAGUCGAAGCUCUACGAGAACUGCAGUUGUCUGGCAGAAGCUGGUGUACUGCAGCCCAACGCCGCUCAGAGGCUGCUGAAACUACUGGAGCCUACCACUCAACCUCCACAACUGGACGAAACCACGGACUUCACGCUCAGUGGCAGUGGGGUGCCGCUGCUCAAUGAUGAAAAUGACUUCGAAGAUCAGUUGCUGUCGCGAGUUCGUCGAUCCAGUCCAGAAGAGGUUAUUCGGCCGGGGAUCUGCAUGCAAGGCUGCAACUGGAGCUUCUGGGUGUUCUCCAUAACCUCGAUGAUCGUCAAUUGGUUUGGGUCCUCUGGCCGUGUGGGAAAUGUGCUGGUCAACUACCGGGCGGUGGAGUCUGGGGACAAGUCCUUUGCCCAGGGAUUGGCACUGAUGAUGAUCAGUAUGUUUGCCUUGAUUCCGGGUCCGAUUAUAUUCGGGCGCCUCAUCGAUUCCACGUGUCUGGUGUGGACGAAGACCUGCAACGGCAAUGGCAAUUGCCAGCUGUACGAUCAGACGCGGUUCCGGUACUCCAUCAACUUUUUAUCCUGCUUACUCACCUUCAUUGGAAUGUUAUUUGAUUACCUGGUCUGGUACUACGGCCGGGACCUGGAUAUCUAUGGUGACAAGGAGGCUAAGCAGGUGGAGCGGGCCAACAGGUAGGACCAGCCCAUUACUCCCCUCCUGGCCAAGAAAUCCGAGAGGAUCCAAGAGGAAUACUAAAGCUAGAGCCAAUGCGUGAUACUCAAUUCUGAGGAAUAGGGUCCUAUAGGACAGGCAAGACCGAGAUCCUAACAUGAAACGAAAGGUAGAAGAAAUUUUUAGAGUAAGUAUCGGUAUAGGGAGAUCCGGCAAUGCCAUAAUUCCACCGCCAUAUGUGCAAACCUCUCGCUGUCGUCUAGGAUAUUAUCCAUUUUGUUUAUUUUCGUGUUUAGUUUUUCAUGUUUUUUUCUACUCAUUUAAGAAACACUACACCGUGAAUAGCUUUAUAAUAAAUGAAAAUGAAUUUAUAUUUACAUAAUAUAAUUUAAUCAAAAAAGA